AUGCACACAAGUCUGUUCUCCACUUCCUCUGGGAAGUUCCUCAAAUUCAGCCAGCCACAGCUGCCCCGGCACCGAGGAGCUGACUGCGGCUCCAGUGCAGGGCCUGCUCCUUCCGCUCCUAUUCCCUUCAGUGUGCCCUGGGCCGGGGCCAGGAAUGGUGGGGUACCUAUUGUGUGCACCACCCACCCCCACCAAGGCGUUGCCAGCAGAUGCCUUGUGUGCAUCCCUGGCCGCGCCAGUCCCUUAAGGUCUCCCUUCCUACGAAGAUCUGUGACUCGCACCGUCUUUGCACGCGGUGUCCUGCAGCUCAGCCAGUGCACUGAGCACAAGGACUCUCUGUGGGUCCCAGGAGCAGGGAGUCACCCUUUUGGGGCCCACAACACCCGGCUGGCUCCAGACUCGUGUCCAGAGAAGAUCAUGUUGAAGGCCCUCAAGGAGAAGGGGGCAGGGAUGCCUGAGCAGGACAAGGACCCCAGGGUCCAAGAGAGUGAUGAUCAGAGAAGGGUUCCCGAGAGCACCGGGGAUGCACGGUCUGCAUUUAGGCCCCUGCGGGACGAUGGAGGCCUCCCUCCCUUCGUGCCCAGGCCUGGACCUCUGCAGAGAGACCUCCAUGCCCAGAUGUCAGAAGUCUGGGAUAGUCUGGGAUAUACCCAGAGAUCUCAGUCCUCCUGGAUGAGCUCAUGCCCCAAACGAAAUGCCAUCUUGAGCUCCUACAGCUCCCCAGAAGGCUUCCUGUCACUAAAGAGGAGGAGAGGGCCAGCCUCAUCCCACUGUUGGCUGCCCCUCAAGUCCUCAAAGACGGUGAGUGAGGACCGGCCUCAGGCUGUCUCUUGGGGUCUCGCCCAGUGUGAAAAGGUAGCAGAUGCAGCACCAGGGCAGACACUUGCCCCCAGGAAUGGCUCCCCGACAUCCCAGGCCUCUAGGCCCCGUAGACACAAGUUUCCCCUGCUGCUGCUCAGGCAAGGGGAGCCUCUGAUGCUGCCACCUGCCUUACAGCUGGUCCGGGUCACUGUUGAAAACCUGGACCUCGAGAAGGAGGUGGCACUCCGGUGCAACAGUGCACUGUGGGAUGAGGCUAAGGCCCUCUGUGACUGCAGACCCUCACGGCCUUCCCACACUUUGUCCUCACUUGCAACAGGGACUUCUCGUCUGCCUGUUGUACAUAAAGCACCCAGCAUGGAUGUACAGCAGGAGAGACACAAGUCCCAAGACUACGUGUCUGUCUUUCUGGGCUGUCUUAUCUGUGCCAUUGAUCUGUGUGUCUAGUUUUAUGCUAGGACCAUGCUGUUUUGGUUAGCACGCACUUGUCAAAAAUUUUGUCAUUCUAAUUUGCAGUGAAAUGGGAUGCCUUUAGUUUUGUUGUUUUUGGUGAGGAUGACUUUGGUUCUUUGAGCUCUUUUUUGGUUUCAUAUGAGUUUUAUGAUUUUCCAGUUCUGUGAGUGAUGAUGUUGGUAUUUUGGUAGGGGUUGUAUUGAAUCUCUAGACUGCUUUGGGCAGUGUGGUCAUUUUAAUGCUAUGAAUUCCUUCUGUGGGCAUGAAAUGAUUGUCCAUUUCUUUCUCUCCUCUUAAACAUUUUCAUCAGUGUUUUCUAGUUUUCCUUGUAGAAAUCUUUCACCUCCUUGGUAAAACUUUUUCUG